AUGGGGCGUCAGGUAAGCUUGAGUUCUGCGAGCAGUUCGUCAGUGUCAGAGGCUUUUGUUUUGAAAAAUAAGGUACAUUUUGGAAAGCUAUGCCUUAUUAAGUUCAGAGUGAGUUGGUUAAAGAAAGUUUUGACAGUAUUGCGCUUAUUUUUUUGGGAGAAAGGGAAUCGAUCAAACAGAACUAUUCGUGAUCGAUUUUUAGGAAGGGGCCCUUUAGUAACUAGACCGAGGAAAGUGGCUGCUAUUGAAGGCACUGGUGAUGCAGCCUGCGUUCUAGUGCAGAAAAUUGAAGAGCAUUGUUUGCAGUUUGUGGGUCAAUUACGCAAAUUAACGACGUCUUUGAAUAUUGCAGGGACUCAGAUUGAUCCUGGCUUUGAAACCAAUAACACUACAACUGAUUAUUUCACAAAGCUCUCAGGAACUCAUUGCUUUUGUGCUGCAGUUGGUGGAGGGAAUUCCAGCAAUGAUGCGACUUCUUCCACUGCUGAUCAGAUAUUUCCAAGUGUUCCAGAUGUCAUUCGGAAGAGAACUUCUCCCUCAAGCUGUAAUUUUUUAAACUUGUCUAAUGAUAGCAAAAUGCCAUACAAACUAUCACCAAACUUUUGUUUUACUGGAUCGCACGAAAUGGGCACGGCAGCAAUGAAGAAUACCAGAACAGAUCCUAAUCUGUUGCGAGGGAAGAAAGGAAAUCCUUAUAUGAUGGAACUGUGGUCCAGAAAAAGCGGGUCCGGUUACCGUACAUCUCAAGACGAAUCGGCAAAUCUGGUGACAAACUAUCCAUGGUCCCGACUUACACUUGGACUUAACCAUAAAGAUUAUUCUCCAAACACAUCUUUGCCUCUUCUGGCCGAAAGAUUUGCUGAAACUCGUCGUGCAUCUAGUGAAAACCGGAGCCCAACGUUUGCAAAAGGCUUCAGAACUCCUAAUACCACCGAACUUUGA